AGCUUUCGCUCCGCUCGUCCAUCAAAGUUAUCCAAGAAUUAACAAUGUCGGCAGCGUUUGCAACGCCGGGUAACCGAACAAUCAUCAUUGGCGUCGAUAGUAUAACCAAGCACGGCAUCCAAUCGUCACCGGUUCUCGCAUGGUCUCUCCGCCAGUUCCUUGUGCCCGGGGACUCUAUUACCGUUGUGCACGCGUCAAAGCAGCUUGACUCUAGUGCAGCAGGGCAUUCAGGAUACACCAAUGUCAUGACCCCAGAAAUGCUUAAAACAUUAGAGAGGGACGUUGAGUCAGUUGUGAGGGAAAUGUGCAGAAACUUUUUUGCGGCUGCUAAGGAAGAGAUUAAAGUCAAGGCGUCCGUUGUGAAGGGUGACCCAAGAGAGGUCAUCAAGGGUUUGGCGAACGAUAUCAAUGCAACAGCGGUUAUCGUAGGUCGGCGUGGAAGUGUUGGGGCCGUCAAAAGGGUCCUCCUAGGAAGUGUAUCCGAUUAUCUCGCUCGCGAAUUGAACUCGACAGUCAUAAUUGUAAAAGGAGAAUAGUCGACUACAUAGAUGGUGUGAUAAUAAUUGGGGUUUUCGCUGGGGAGAACAGCAUAUUUGAUUUUGUGGAGCGGAAGUCCUCGUUUCGCACUGGUGUCAAUAUGGAUAACAAUAUGAUGUUGAGUUUGUAUGUGUGAACAAUAUGGAACGCUUAAGUGAACUUCGGGUAAGCUGGGCUGCUGGGGUAAGCUUUUUUUACCUACAUCUACAGUGUUGACGAAAUGAACAAAUGAAUUUACAAAGUUU